CUUUUUCAACAACAUCAAAAAUCACAAACAACAAUAAUGACAAUUCUAAUGUUUCUAGAGGCAGCAGUAACAACAAUAAUUUGAACUUAUCAAAAUUUGAUGGUAUUGUACUAGGUGUAUUCAAGGAUGGUACGUUAAGUCAAACUAUUGGAUCAAAUAAAGUUCCUGAAAAAUUUCAACAAACAAUCAAAAAAAAACUUGAAUAUUAUGGAUGUAGUAAAGGAAAUUUAGGUGAAUGUAAAUUGUUAAGAGAUUUCAAAAACCCUAGUAAUGAUCAAGAGUUAUGUGAGGCUUUGGAAAUUGCUAGAAAUGCAUCAGCUGUUGGAGUUCGCAGUCUAAGAGAAAAUAACGCUAAAAAUAUUUUAGUUGAUGUCAUGACUAAUGAACAUGAGUUAUCAUGGGAAACUGGUUUGAUUUAUGCAGAAGCACAGAAUUUUGCUCGUACACUAAUGGAAGCACCAGCAAAUUAUAUGACCCCAACAAACUUUACUGAAUAUGUGCAAUCAAAAUUUAAUGGAUUGUCAAAUGUUGAGAUAAUUGUUCGUGAUAAGGAUUGGGUGGAAGAAAAAAAAAUGGGAUCAUUUUUGUCAGUUUCCAAAGGAUCUGAUGAACCUUUGAAAUUUUUGGAGAUGCAUUAUAAAGGUGGCAGUGACAAGUCACCAUUGUCGUUAUUAGCAUUGGUUGGAAAAGGAGUCACAUUUGAUUCUGGUGGUAUUUCAUUGAAACCAUCUUCAAACAUGUCAGAAAUGAAGGCUGAUAUGGGUGGAGGUGCAGCUGUUUCUGCAUCUUUGUAUGGCAUAGCAAAAUUAAGAUUACCAAUUAAUGUCGUAGCAACAAUUCCAUUAUGCGAAAAUAUGCCUUCAGGUUAUGCAACUAAACCUGGUGAUGUUGUAAUAGCGAUGAAUGGUAAAUCUAUCGAGGUUGGUGAUACUGAUGCAGAAGGUCGUCUUAUUCUAGCUGAUGCAUUAUACUACACCAGUUCAACUUUCAAACCUCAUACUUUAAUUGAUAUGGCUACCUUAACAGGUGCAAUGGGUGUGGCAUUAGGUAAUGUUUAUUCUGGUGUAUUUACCAAUUCUAAUGUAUUAUGGCAACAAUUAUCAAGUUCUAGUAAAAAAACCAAUGAUAGAUUUUGGCGAAUGCCAUUGGAAGAUGCUUAUAAAAAAGGGCUGGAGAAAUCAAGUGUAGCAGAUUUGGUUAAUGUUGGUGGUGAUAGAAUUAAAGAUGCAGAUGAAUUGAAUUGUAUUAGGUAUGCACAUAUUGAUAUAGCUAGUGUUAUGCUUACUACAGAUGAUUCUGGUUAUAAUAUUAAAGGCAUGAGUGGCCGUCCAACUAGGUCAAUUAUUGAAUUUGCAAGGAAUUUUGGUUAA